ACCCAACUUAUUAUUAUGUGUCAAAUUAUAUGUUGAGAAAAUUUACUUUUGGGGCAUAUAUUCAUACCGACUCUUUAGUUUGGAAUUAAACUGGACCCCAUAUUAUUGGAUACUCGAAUUUAAAUAAAUACCCAAUUAAUUCUAAAUAAAUUUUUGCAUUCUCUUUAUGUCCGAAACAAACAGAAAGGUGGAAACUAACAUUAAAAGUGAAUCGUAUUACUUAAUGAAAUGAUCGAUAUUUAUACCUUUAUGUGUACAAUCUUGUUGAUCUAAAUCGAUUGGAGUUCUAGCUAAGCUAGAAGCAGAAGCAGGUCACGACUCGCGAGGGUUUUUUUUAGUGUAAAGGUGGAUAGGGAGGGGCUAGGGAGAGUGGGACCUGCAAAAGGAUGAAACAUGAAUUCCACUAUCUAUCUAGGACACAUGAAUGCUACAGACCUAAAGGUCGAAUGAGACCACCAACCUCCAUAUUCCCCGCCUUUGUUUCUCCUUCCCUAGCUACCACCAAUGGACAAUGGUGUGUAUUAUUUAUCUAUCAUGGACCUAGCUAGCUCAAUUUUGCUAUUCGACUCACAUACCACAUAGUAAGAAGAGUAUCAUAAGCAUAUGACGUGGUAAUUAGGAUUGGUUAGUGAUUGAGUUCAGCGAUCUUCUCCUCCCACAACUCAAUUGUCUCCUUAUCACUUUGCAGUGUACCCUUAUAGAAUCGUAGAUUUAAUGAAUUUCGUAACAAGAGAACACCAUUGGAUGCUUUAGUCACUCAAAUACACAAAGUAAUAAUAAUAAUAAUAAUCUUGUAAUCAGAAUCACAAUGUAUGAUCAAAGGGUUUUGGGUGCAUCACAUAUUGUGCCGUUGAAAUAUUGUUCUAUAUUACUAUGUGUGUUUUCAACUUUUCAUCGGUUAAAUGCGAACUGCCUAUUAAUUAAUUCACCUCCAAAAGUAUAACAAGAAUGAUGUAAGAGAGAAAAAUAUCAAGGGAGAGAGAGGAGGAAAAGGCAAAAGUCUGGACAUGAUUUGUAUUGUUUCGAGAUUCACAUAUAACAAUGCGCAGCGACUCAGUCUCUCAGUGGUCAGAGACAGACACUCUACUGUUCUGUACUGCGCUUCUCCUUCCCCAGCUCAAUCAAUCAGCCAAAAUUAAUUAUUUACCCUUCUCUGUCCCAACCAUGAACCAUGGAACCAAACCAAACCAACCAGCAGCCAGUAAAAAAGAAAAGUUACUGUCUACCACCACCUUCCCUUCCCUUCCCUCUAUAAAUCACCUUCCUCCUUUCUUUGCAAACCCCCAAACACUUCAUCACAGUUCACACUCUCUACCUUCCGAUGACAACCCCGGCGGCUCUCCUCCUCUUCUCCCUCAUCCUCAUCUUCCACAAUGCAGUCGAUGUCUCGUCAACCACGACGGUCACAAUGAUCAACAAAUGCAACCACCCAGUCUGGCCCGGGAUCCAGCCGGGCUCGGGAAGCCCAAUCCUCGCCCGCGGCGGCUUCCACCUUCCGCCCAACAAGGCCCAAACCCUAACCCUCCCGCCCCUCUGGUCCGGCCGCUUCUGGGGCCGCCACGGCUGCUCCUUCGACGCCUCGGGACGCGGCCGAUGCGCCACGGGGGACUGCGGUGGAUCCCUCUACUGCAACGGCCUCGGCGGCGCCCCGCCGGCCACCCUCGCCGAGAUCACCCUCGGCCGCGACCAGGACUUCUACGACGUCAGCCUCGUCGACGGCUAUAACAUCGCCAUGGCUAUUACCCCCGUGAAGGGGACCGCCGGGAAGUGCACCACCGCUGGCUGCGUGAGCGAUUUGAACCUGAUGUGCCCUGCCGGGCUACAGGUGCGGUCGCGCGACGGGCGGCGCGUGGUGGCGUGUAAAAGCGCGUGCUCUGCUUUCAACUCGCCGAGGUACUGUUGUACCGGCGCGUAUGGGAACCCGCAGACCUGCAAGCCGACGGCGUACUCGAGGAUCUUCAAGGCGGCUUGCCCGAGAGCGUAUUCUUAUGCUUAUGAUGAUCCAACCAGCAUCUCUACUUGUACCGGCGGCAACUAUUUGGUUACUUUCUGCCCUCCCCGCCGCCGUUGAUCGACUGGCUGUUUUGUUGGAAGUUUGCGGUCUGCUUCUGGGGUAGUAGUGUAAUUUGUGCUAGUUUGGGGAACUUGUUGUAUUAAUAAUAAUUUUGGAGAUUUGUUAUUCUGUACUGUAUUAGUAUUAUUAAUAUAUAGUAAGCUUGAAUUUGUCGGAGUACUUAUGUCGGUUGCUCGGGAAAUGCUGGAAGAGUAGGUCUGGACCCAUCGAUAAUCAAUUCUGGACCAUAUGGUAUAGAUUGGUAAAAAAUGGUUCAAUUUUUUUUGUUCGAAAAAUAUAUUAAAGUGGAUAUCAUUUUGAAGAGCACAAUUAAUCUGAUCUAACUGUGCAAAAAAAAAAAAUUUUUUUUGACAUAAAUGAGUGAGAAAUUGUCCGUCAAAGAUGAAAGAGGGGAAAAUUAAAGGCUUUCCAGGAGAGAGAGGAUACUGAUGUCAUUCUGAUGUGGACGGGUUACUCAUGGUUACUCACCAUAAGGUUACUGACUGCUCUAUUCCCGGUCUGGACUCUACUUGCGUUGGUCUGUUGCAGCGAUUUUAUCGGACUUAUGAUGCUAGUGUUUUAGCGUUAAUAUUCACUAUCACAAUCCCAAUUUUAUUGGCGAAUAUGCUAUAUAAUAAUGAAUAUAGUAGAUGAUUUGAAAUGCAUGAAAUUAUUGUUUUCUACCUUAGUUAUGCACGUAACAUUUUUUAAAAGUGAUCCAACUAUGCAUAAUGUGUUUAGACCUCCAUGAAAAGAUAACAAAAAUAUAAUAUAAGCAUUACAUAUAAUUAUUGAUGAAAAAAUUAAAUAUAACUAAUUGUCAUUCAUUACUUAAUUAAACCAUAUAGUUGAAUAUUAGAGUUGUUUCUCAUAAUACAUACAUACAUAAUCAACUUUUAAAAUGAAAGAAAAUGUCUCGUAGAGUUUAGUAUGUCUUUUAAGUUUUUCCCAAUAGAGAGCAUUCUUUUUUACCACACUAUUGGUAAUGAAUCUGAAGUUGCUUGAUUUGAAAUAUAUCGGACAUGAUGCGGCUAAGCUGUCGCUAAUAGUUAGUUCGACAAUGUGUUGUGUACGGACUUCCCAAAUUAUACUCAAAUUGCAGACAUGUCUAGCAACAAUGUAAUAAUUUUCAUGCAGCAAAUAUUUUUUUCAUGAAAUAAUUCAAUAAAUAAAAAGUAUGGAAAUAAUAUUACAUGAAAUAUAUGUUACUCAUUAAGUUUAUGAAUGAGCGAGGGUAUGAGUAACAUAAAUUUAUUUUAAAAAGAUAGAAGUUGCAAAGUGUCUUUUGGGUUGCAUGAGAUCACAUAUUCUCAUUAAAACUCAUGCUUUUUUGCAAUAGAUAGUUCAAAAUGUGCCUUAAAACUUUUGUUUCCACUAGUGUAAAAAAAUUGUUUGCACCAAAGGAUUGUAAAACCAUAUCGAAAAAGUUGGUAGUAGAGUAUUUUAUACUGAAGUCAUAAUUUAACUAUGGUUCAACCAUUUCAUAUUGCUAAAUAUCACCUAUCGAUUUAGCCUAUAAUGUGAAGUUUUAUGGUCUAACCGCCGGUACGUACGAUCUUUCAAUACAAACUUUAAAUAAAAAAAUCGUUAAAAUAUUGACAUUAUCAAAUACCCCUUAAAUAUAAGAAAUUACAAUAAUCGUAUUAAGAAAAAAAUCUUCCAAAUGAUAAUAUUGAUUUAGGAUUUUAAAUUGAAAUGGAAAAAAUAUGUCAAACAUAAUGUCAUGCUCUAAAAUAAAUCAAAACUCAACAUAAUAGAGUCAAGAAUAUUCAUUAAAUAAAUCAAAAUGACACUUAUUUCACACUACCUCAUUUUCCUCCUGAGCUUUGCCUUGCUCUUUGUUUUUUCAUUUGUUCUUUCAUCUCUCUCUCUCAGCUUUGUAUCUCACAACUAUCCCAUUUUCUCUUCCUCUUUCUUCCCACCGUCUGGAAUCGAGAGAAACCUAGAAACAUCCCAAUUACUUCUCCAAUUUUGCGUUCGAAAUGCUUCUUCAUUCACAGUCGAUAGUGUAAAUCAGAGCUCCUGAAACCUGGCGAAUAGAUGGUCGUUUAUUCAUCGACGGACACAGUAGCUUGAUAGCUUGUGAAUAAACUAAUUAUUAAUAGUUAUAAAAAGCAGAACUCGUUAAACCAAUCGAGUGAGUGUAUAGUUAGUUCAUUGCUUAAAGUCUUAAACCAUUGUAUUUAGGGUAAAUACAAUUUAAUAUCCAAACCUUUUAUUUUAAACAAUAUAAUAGCCAAACCUUUUCGAAAUCUAAUAUCCAAAUCGUCAACUUUCCGUUCGUUUGACCGUUAGUUGACACUUCAAAAAAGCUUUGUUUAGGGAAAAUUGUCACAAUACAACUUUGUUUCUUGCUUUGGCAUUGCAGAUGACUGAAUAUUUAGAUAUUCUAUACCAUCAUGGUGGAGUCAUGGACUUCUCGGGUUUGGAACUACGAUAUGUUGGUGGUUUUUCAGAGAAGAUAUCGAUGGAUAUUGAUGAAGUGUCGUACUUCGAACUUUUUUGAAGUGUCAACUAACGGUCGAACAGACAGAAAGUUGACGAUUUGGAUAUUAGAUUGUUUUCGAAAAGGUUUGGCUAUUAUAUUGUUUAAAAUAAAAGGUUUGGAUAUUAAAUUGUAUUUACUCUUGUAUUUAUCUAAAGAAUCAAAAUGCAUAAUCAGGUUCAUCUUCACUUUACAUGUAUUUUUCGUACAAAUUCAUUAUACAUAAAAAUGGUUUUGAGUAAACUACUAAUGAUGUCACAAAUAAUAAUUAUACCUCUAAAUCAUACAUAAAAUAUUUCAAACAUCGCAAAUAUUAAGAUUAAAUUAAUUAUUAAAAAGAGUAAAAAUUAUAUAAUGAUGUUAAUUAUAACUCCUUUAUAUGUUAAUGCCCUAUAAAUUGAUCAACGCAUCCAAUCCAAAAUUGACAAAAUGAACAUCACAUUAAACUCGAUAUCGUCUCAUUAUUGUCGGGUCCAUUCAUGCCCAAUUAGCAAGAGUUUAACGUUUAGCAGUUAACCAGGCUAAAAUUUUAGCGAACCAGUCACCUGUAGUUUGUACAAAAUAUUAUUGUUUCGUAUUAGUUCUGAAAAUUCAUAUUAAUUAAACAAUUUUACAUUGCUUUUGCUUAUUCAAUACUGUAGUUCGAUAUGCAAUAUUUUAAGCAAAGAAAUUUGUGUUGUAAUUUUAAGAUUAUCCGUCAUUUUAUAGGUUAUAAAAAUUAUAAAUCACAUAUUAAAUUAUGAUUUUUAGAAGAUUUAAUAGGCGAGCUAACUGUGAAAAGUCCUAUACUUUUCAAAUCUUCGUUUAGUGCAUGUUUAUAAUUUAUGAAGAUAGAACAAAAUUUGUUUAGUGUAAUUGGUUGUGAUUAUUGUUUUUGUUUUAAGAGACCAUGAUUUAAAUCUUGAUAUUGAUACUUUUUCAUAUGAAGUAUAUAAUAAUCGUGAUGACAAAAAUACUCUUCCUACUUUCGCUCUCGCUUCACGAAAUUUGAAAUAUAAAAUAUUAAAACAUUGAAUAUAUCUCAUAGAAAGAGCUUAUUCAACCAAGUAGGAAAAGUAUUUUACCUGAAAUUAUUAUUUCUUAUAGAAAGUGAUUAAUUGUGAAAUCGGAACUCAAGUAACAUUGAUUCAAACAUUAACUAAUAAAUUGUAUGUGUGGUUCAGUUUAGACAAAAUACAUAUGUGUAGCAAAACAUGGAUCUUUGAGAUAAAUAUAGUAAUUUUUUUUUGUCACAAAUCUACACAUAAUAUAAAGAUAAAUUGGGCAUUAUGACAAAAAAGAGAUUCCUAUAAUCACUCUAAAGCUACAAAUUUGAAAUGAGACUCUCAUUUUCCAAUUUUAUCAUUAUAUUAUGUGUAGAUUUGUCACAAAAAAUGAUUAUACUCGUCACUUUUUUUUAAAAGAAAUUAUAUUCGUCACAAAGGUCAAUGUUUUGGUUACACUUCUGUAUUUUUUCUGAACUAAACAGCACAUACAAUUUAAUAUUAAUGUUUGAAUCAAUACUACUUGAGUUCCGAUUUCAGAACUAAUAUCUUUCUAUAAAGGGUUAUAGGUAUAAAUUGCCCAUCUACUAUUAAUUUUUCCCAAACAUAUCCUUAUACUAUAAGUCACAUCAAAUUGGAAAAUUUCCCACUGUACACAUGUUUUUAAAAAAAAUUCUCAAAAUACACACGUUAUGAAAAAAAUUCCCAAUCUACGCAUGUUUGGGCCUUCACCGCGUCUGACCAAGGCGGUGAUUGAAUCACCGCGUUAAAGAAGAGCGGUGAUUGCAUCACCGCGUUAGACGAAAACGGUGAUUGCAUCACCGCGGUAGAGGAAGGCGGUGAUUGCAUCACCGCGUUAGAGAAAAACGGUGAAGGCCUGACCUGCGUCGAAUCUUUAAAAAAACGUAACUUUGUGCUCGGUUAUCCGAUCGUGGUGAAAUUUUUUUUGAUUCCGCAUAAUUUUUCGAGAUCUUGCAAGCCUUCGUCCCGAUAAAACGUCGUUUGCUACCCCGAAUUGAACCAUUGUUCUUCCAGGAAGGCCAAAGUCCGAUUUUAAUUCUCCUCCAAGACGAGCAGUCGAGGAGAUGGAUGAUAUUAGUCGCUAGCUUGUUGAAUUGAACCAGCUUUCAACUCCGCCAUCUCACCUCCGUGGAGUUGUUGCCGACGAUCAUCCAAUUAGACCUGGCCAAUUUAGUGUGUGGUAUAUGAUCCACGAUUGAACCUCUCCCAACAACUCGAGUUAUUGGGAUCAACUGGUUCUUGACAUGGUAUCAGAGCUAAACUCGAUCCCUUGUCUAGGGUUUUGAGCUUCCGCAGUCGCCAAUCACUACCACUGUCCACAUCUGUUCCAAGAUGUGGUAGCUCACAUGGUCACCAUUGUUGUGGUUGAAUCAUAAGUCAAGGCUGCGGCCCAGUCACAGUCGUCGUCCACAACCAGUUCAGUUCGUAGUCCCGCCGACCUAGGCGAAGUCCAGUCCGCCGUGAUUUAUCACUCCUCAAUAGGUCAGACGCAGCCUAGUCAGAUCGUCUUUCAGCUGCGGUCCGUGUCCAUUCUGUCGUAAGAAGGAAGAGUCGAUGUCCACUCCGACCUUCAACUCCGGAUCCGCUUCGUUGCCGCCUCUGCUUCUCCCGUAGUUCAAUGGCGGAGUCCUUCCCGCCAGUCAAGCACGAGAUAUCUAGUCUGCGUCGUCGCCAUCAUCGACUGUGCUCUUGUUCCCGAUCGUCGUCCUUGUCACUGCUGGCCGUCAUCUUUGCCAGUCACCGGACGACGAGGAUGCUACGAGGAACGGCGGAGAGAACGUUAGUUUUGAAUCCAAGUCGGCGUCAAUAGGAAGAAUUCCCAGAAUACAGCCAAAAUUAUACAUAAUUCCCUGAAUACAUAAGUUUUAUAAAA